AUGAAUACAGUGCCGAUCCCAGCCGGGGUGAUCAACUGGAACACGCUCAAUGAAAUAGUGUCAAUGGACGAGGACAGUCCGGACUUUUCCAAAAACUUGAUAAUUCAGUACCUCGAGCAGGCCAACACGACAUUUGACCAGAUAGAGCAGGAGCUGCAAGGAAACUGCGAUCUCGAGCAACUGGCAUCGCUGGGUCACUUCCUGCGUGGCUCGUCCGCAGCAUUGGGGCUGCAGCGCAUCUCGUGGGCAUGUGAGCGCAUUCAGAACUUGGGGCGCAAACGCGAGGGUGGCGUCGAGGGUCAGCAGCUGCCCGAUUCGCACUACGCACAAUUGAUUACAAAUGCUCUGCAAUGCGCCCGAAACGAGUUCAAAGCUGCAAAAGCAGAACUUUCUGCAUUUUACAAGUCUGAACUUUAG